UCGAUAGUCGUUCCUCCUCCAGAAGCAUGGGGGCAGUAGUGUUGUAGGAGAUACGGAACAAACCCGCCAUUACAACAACAACAACAACGAAGAAGAAGAAGAAGAAGUACUUGCUCUUGUCCGCUGUUGUUUGCUAAAGAAAGGGGUUUUGCUAAUGCCUUAAAAACCACACGUGUAAAGAUGGGGAUGUUUUGACAGCACGUGUGUAAUUUUACCAGGAUAAUUGCUACAGUUUUGUAUUGCGAUCCGUGCAGUGAGUAAGCUAACUAAAAUCAUUUGGCUGCCAGGAUUAUGCUGAUGGUUGUUUAGCUGCCUUAUAAUGAACCUGAGUGUAUUUGGCUGACUAGUUUUUUCCACUCCUGUGACGUUAUAGAUAAAUAAUGUUCACAAAGUUUCUACUUGAGGUUGAACUUUGUUAAUCAAGCUCUAUGUGUGUGAAGUAACGCAGCUCAUGGAGUAUAUUGUGAACCAGUAGUCUGAUACUACUCCUGUCUGUUAUAGGGUAUUUUAGUGUAAAAUUAUAUUCCUGUCUACAUUCAUUCAAAAUGAAUACAAACAAUGUCUUUGGUAGACAACAAGGUGCUUUCCAGACGCCUAAUGCCAGUCAGGGUAGUGGCCUCUUCCAGUCACUUGGUCAGCAAGGUUCAAGCGGCACUACACCGAAUAUUGGCUUUGGGCAGAAGUCACCGUUUGCUCAGCCUUCAGCUUUCAGUCAGCCACCAGUUUUUGCUCCAGGAUCUGCACAACCAUCGGUUUUUGGCCAGACGUUAUCAUUUGGUCAGCCACAGGCUUUUGGUCAAGGUAGUGGUUUAGGACAAUCAUCCUCUUCUCAAGCACCGGCUUUUGGACAGCAAUCUUUGGGUCAGGCAACACUUGGAUUUGGAGCAUCACCAUCUUCUAUGGGACAAACUCCUGCCUUUGGUCAGGUGCAAGCGUUUGGUCCAACCUCUGGAUUUGGUCAGGCUUCGGGAUUUGGACAAAAGACAUCUGGAUUUGGUAUUUCCCCCAGUAACUCACAGCUGCCUAGUAAUCCUGUUGGCACUGGAGGCUCUCAGCUUAACUUCGGUCAGCCAUCGGCUUUUUCUACUACAACUUCUGCUGUUAGUGGCCAGAGCAAUACACAGACAAGUGGCUUUGGGUCCAAAUUUAGCUUUAAUUCUUCAAAUGAAACAGAAAUGCUCUUCAAACCUAUUUUCAGUUCGAGUCCAGUACCUCCUAGUGCCCAACCUCUUCCAGGUCCUGAGUCUUUUGUUUCAGUUAAACCAGUUACAGUUGGUUCAGACAGCAGUCGACCUGGUACCACUGGUGCCUCACUUUAGAGUGUAAAACCAAGCACUCUGGAUUUUAGCUUCUCCAAACCUGGAGCAGUUCCUUCUGCACCAGUUCCAACUUCUAGCAUGUCUAAGACUGCAGGUGGAAUGAUGGGUGGAAACACUCUCCAGUUUGCGUUCUCUAAACCAGCCAAUCCUAUCAACAGCAGCAGCAUUGCCACUGUUGCUCAGUCCACUAGCAUUUCCAGCACUCCUUCUGCAUUUAGCUUCUCAGCAAAAGUAAUUCAGCCCCAGAUGGCUUCUGACCACUCAUCAUUUGCAUUUAGUGUUUCAAAACCUGAAGAGAACCCGGAGGUGAAAAAUGAGAGCUCAGGGGAAGCAGGUUUUGCAAAUCUUGGGAAGGGCAUGAAACGAAAAGAAGAACCCAGUGAACCAAAUAGUAGUCAAGGAAAAAGUUCCAAAGUCGAGGAAGCACAAGGUGAAUCUAUAGGCCCUAGACACCCAUCCAAGCGUCCCCUUAUUAGGAGUCGUGGAGCUACAGGUGGACUUUUUAUAAAUGCAUUGAGUGGUCUAAUUAAGACAUCAGGAAGCACAGCUAAAAAAGAAGCACGAACCAUUGAUAAGGCUCCUGGAGAAAGACCAGACCUUCCAGUUGCAGAUGUGGAGGCUCCACUGACCCCACAGAGACCUCAAGCUCCUAUUAGACAUGUUCUGGAAAAAGGAGAGAAGCCUGAUUCCGAGCCUGAAGGUGAGACUUGUACCCCAUCUCGAAGGGUUGCCCGUGAAGACAGCACCGAUAGCCUGGCCAGUCUUUCCCCCUCUGAACCCAGCACUGUCAUUCAAUGCAAGGGAAUCCCACCCAACCUCAACCGGAAAGACAUUGUCAAAAAACAUUUUGGUCGCUUCGGGAAAGUCCACAGAGUGUACUGCAGACCUGAAAAGAAUCUCGCUAUCGUGCAUUUUCACGAUCACGCAUCUGCAGCAGUAGCAAAAAAGAAGGGGAAACAUUUUCAAGGGACUGAUGUGCAUAUAUUUUGGCAAAGAAAGAAACUAAGCCCAGGCACAAAAAGAGAGAAACCUUCAGAAGUCAAAGAUGUGGUUUGUGCAGAAGAGGAGUCGAGGACAGAGGGCACUCACCUCAGCCCAUUACGAAAACCGUUGCCCAGAUCCCCUGUUGUCAGCACCUCACUUGUUAAGGGAUCUCCAUCCAUGAGGUCCUCUGUAGCUAAAACCCUCCAGUUUGAUAUUGACCCUCAGCAGGAUACAAGCUCAGAGGGUCAGAAUGUAGAGCGACUAGUGGCCAUGCCGUUAUCCCUCCAGCCCCUGAUCGGUCAAAUAGCUGAAACAGCAGAGGAAAAGUACUGCCUUCUUGAACAGAGAGACAAGAUUCUUCGCCAGUUGAGGCCAAAGAGAACGGACUUGGACUUGUCCAAAGUAUUUGUGGGCACGUGUCCGGAUAUGUGCCCAGAGAAGGAGCGCUACAUGAGAGAAACUCGCAAACAACUCAGCGUUUUCGAGCUUGUUUCUGAUGCAGAAAGGGUGGACCAUUGUGCUGCCGUUAAAGAAUACAGCAGGUCCUCGGCUGACCAGGAGGAACCUCUCUCUCAUGAGCUACGGCCUCUGCCAGUUCUAAGCAUGACAAUGAACUACUUGAUCACACAGAUAAUGGACCAGGGUGAGGGGAACUACAGAGACUGGUACGACUUUGUCUGGAACAGAACCAGAGGAAUUCGUAAGGAUAUUACCCAGCAGCACCUCUGUGACCCAGUGACUGUGUCUCUAAUAGAAAAGUGCACUCGAUUUCACAUCCACUGUGCUCAUCAUCUGUGCCAGGAGCCUAUGAUGUCCUUUGAUGCCAAGAUUAAUAAUGAGAACAUGACCAAGUGCCUCCAGAGUCUGAAAGAGAUGUAUCAAGACCUGGCAACCAAGGAGGUGUAUUGCCAUAAUGAGGCAGAGUUCCGCCAGUACAAUGUUCUGCUUAAACUCAACGAUGGUGAUAUUCUUCGUGAGAUUCAGCAGUUUCGCAAAGAGGUCCGUGACUCUGUGGAGGUGAAGUUUGCAGUCCAAGCUUUUUCAGCUCUUAACAGCAACAACUUUGUCCGAUUCUUCAAGUUGGUGAAAGCAGCAUCUUAUCUAUCUGGCUGCAUUCUUCACAGAUACUUUAACCAAGUAAGGAGUGCUGCACUGAAAGCCUUGAAUGUUGCCUUCACUGUAAGCUCUCAGAGAUCCACCAUUUUCCCUGUGGAAGACUUGGUUCAAAUGCUAAUGUUUCGCAAUGCUUCUGAAGCCACUGAAUUUCUGCAGCUUUACGGACUUAGCGUCGCAGAUGGCAUGGUCGAGCUGAGCCGUACUGCAUAUCAGGAGCCGGACUUACCCAUUCCUUCAAAGAAGUCAGUUGCCAUUGAGAAGAAGAAAACCGUGCUGAUCGGGGAGGUUGUGAAUGGAGGCCCACUGCCCAACCCGCCAAUGCAUAAACCAGUCUGCAGCUUUGACUCAAACAACAAAUACAGGGGGGAUUUAUCUUCCUUGGAGUCAUUACCCACAGCCACAAAAGUAAAACCCCUGGUUGAACUGGACUCAAGGCCUCAGCUCAAACCCAAGUUGCUGGCUGAGACAAAGCUGUUUAUGGAGCCCCCUGCUGUGGUAGAGCUGGCCCAGCACGAAGUGAUACAAGACACUGGGGAGUCCUCACAACACGUUGUACCAGUCCUCCCAGUAAACCCACAGCUCAUGUUCCAGCCCAUUGCUCAGCCCCAGCCUGUCAGGCCCCCAACUCCAAAGAGAGAACUAGUCUACUCAGACCAGGAUGUAAUGGUUGAAGUAGAGUCUGUGGUGGAGGAGAUUCUGGCAGAUGAAGUCUUAGACGUUGCGAAAGCUGGUGCUCAGUAUGUCUCUGUAGCUUUGAGUGUGAGUGAGAGUGAGCUGCAGGCAAUGGUCAAUGAGGUGGUUUUUCAGAUGCUCAGAGAGCUGUCUACUUCAGAGAUCACUGCAGAGAAGGCGCGAAUCGCUGAGGAGAAACGCAGGCUGGAGGAAGAGAGGCGGAGAAAGGAACGAGAGGCCUUCCUGGACAAGCUGAGCUUAGAGCUUUGUGGUGAAAUCAGUGAGGAGGUUCUUACGCAGUGCACCAGGGAAAUGGCUGCAAAGGAAAUAAAACUUGCACAGGAGGAGAAGGCUGCACGUGUGGCUCAAUGCACAGAGGUGGUGUGCAACAACUUGGUGGAGGAAACACUAGACAUGGAGAUUGCCUGCCUGGUCAGAGAGGUGUUGGAUGCACAAUUGCGACAGAUACAAAAGUUUAUUAAGAGGUGGCGUGACGUGGUUGCAGUACGUCGACAGUUGAAGAGGCAGAUGCGUGGAUUCCCUGCAGCCCCAUGCUGCGUCGAUCCACGUUUCAAGCUGAAAGCUUUGGUCCCGAGUGCCCCAUCCUUCCCAUCUAUGGACACACUUGCUCGAGGUCUCAUUAGCCUAGGCAAUGCAGGGAACAUGGUUGUGUCCUGCACAAGGUUACUAAAAACAAGAAAUGACACCAUCCGCCAGAUGCGAGUAGACUACUAUUACAAUUUGUUAUUAAGUGAGCGUGUGUGGUCUCCUCUCGACCUGCCCACUCUGGUGGCCGAAAGCACUCCUAAUCCACCUGACAGAAUCUUCUGGAAAGCCACUCUCAUGCUUCCCAGUGACCAGGACAAUGACAUGAGCAGCACGCUGACCAAUUGGCUUAAAGUUAAGCUAGGUGGUGAGGAAAGUAUGGAGGAGAGCAUGGCAGAGUCAGAAGGGAAACUCAAUACACUGGUCAUCAGUAACAGCUUGAGAGAUAUUGGACAAAAGACCCACAAGGUUCACCUCUGCAUAAAGGUAAGCUAUGGUCCUCUGAACGAGGAAGGGCAGAGCCAGCUGGAGGAACAGAAUGAGCUCCUAGGUACCAGCUCCCUGCUGAUGCUCCUCCCAGCUCUGCCGUGCAGUGGGCUGGAUGAGGAAGACGUACCCCUGCUCUCCGCACUCCUCCAACUAAAGCAGGUCCAGCAAGCCAGCGGAUGGAACACUGCACUGCCCCUGGUGUUGCUCAUUCCUGAACAACUUGAUAAAAAAGUCGAUGACCAGAAGUUAGAACAAGUUCUUAAGCUGAAGUCAUUAGUUCAAGAUGGGCUGAUUUCAGAAUACAUCUUUAUCCAUCUCACGGGUAGUGUCACUGAUCUGCAAGGAUCCAAACAGAUUGCCAAAGCUGUUCGCUGGCUGAUUGCCCACUCUCCAGCCUCUACAGUCCUCUCCUCUCAGCCUCUGCUGCAGUUUGUAGAAAGAGGGCUGUGUCGUGAGUUUUACCAGCGGUUCCUUCAUGACAAGCAUGAAAGAGCAAAAGCCAAUCUGCCAUGCCAGGAGCCAGAAGCAGUCAUCCAUCUCUAUAACACCGUGCUGGCCUAUCUGGCGGAUGUGGUCAGCUCUGAGAGUCUAGUUGGAAUCUCCUGGCCCCCACCUGAAUUCUCUUUUCCUGAGAACAGAGAGCUUGUACCACAUCUGGACUGGAAUUCCCCUCAGCACCUGUCCUGGCUGAAAAGAGCAAUCCUCAGACUGCAGAUGCCUGAGUGGGAGUGGCCUCCUAAAAAUGCUCCAUGGACCCAUUUGUGCUCACGCAUAUUUGAGUACGUCUCUCAGAUCCCCAGCUGUGCCCAAAGCCAGCCCCUUCUCAUGUCACAACUGGAGCACCUGCUAGCAAGAGUACGUGCUCAACACGUGCGACGAGACUGUGAGGAUGAGGAGUGUGAUGGGCCUUCUUUUAAUAACCUACCCUGGGAUGACAUUUUGAUCCUUUGCAUAGAGCACCGGCUGAGAGACUGGCAUAUAGCUGAAAGUCCAGUAGUAGCGGACGCUUUCACUGACAAAGGAGAGGUUUUGGUGUACUACUACAAAGAGCAGCUUAAAGACUUUGUUCCUCCAGAAAGCUGGGUAGCAGCAGAGAGACGCACUCACACAGAGAAGCAGCAGAACACAGUAAGGUCAAAGCUGAGCUCCACGCCCAUUCUAACAUCAGCAGCAUGGUUUCCCAGACACAAACUGUUCCAGAGUGUGAUAGAGACAGGGGAGAAGUCCUCUGUGUUAGACAUCUCACACACUCCUUCACCUCAGGAGCUGUUACCUCAAAAACUGCUCUCUAGCAUUCAGCAGGAAAAGGCUCAAAGUCAGAGGUUUGAAGAAAAGCUGCAACGUUGGUUAGAAGUGGAUCCUCUGGACUCAGUCUCCAUACCUCUGUUUGUGCCUUCCACAUUGUUAUCCAUGCCCAAGUUUCUUCUUCCCAAACAGCAUCCCAGUGCACGUGCUGCCUGCAUCACACAGGAAGCAGAAAUUGAAGACCCUGCUGCAGUGGCUUCCGCUAAUAGAAAAAAGGGACCUGUGUCUCUAACACAACGACUGAAAGAGCUCAAUAGACUGGUGAUAGCAAAUCGAGAGGAGGAGCUGGCAUGCAGUCUGAAGCUAAACAGCCUACUGGAGAUUAUAGAGGAUUGAGCAAUGCUUUUUUUCCUGCUACUGUUAUAACUGAGAUGCUGCAUGAUAAAUAAUAAAUAUUUCUUAUACUGACAAUAUUUUAUCAAUAUUUAAGGUUCUUUUGAGUGCAGAAAUGAACGGGGAGCCUAAUAAUACUAUAGAAACUCAUCUUACUAUGGUCAUGAUAUAUUUUGUAAAGGACUUGAAAGUGUUAUUUCCCACCCCUCCUUUUUGUUUUAAAUGUUAUAUUUUUAAACACUGUUGGUUUUUUUUUUAGGUUAAUAAAUUAGUUUUAAAAUAAGCCAUCAGAUUUGUUUUUCCUUACAUUUGUGUGCAUUUCUUAAAUCUGUUUGUGUGAUGGACUUAAAUAAAAUUAUUGGCCAUGUUUAAUGCAUAAUGUUGAGAUUUUCUGGAUACAUUUGAGCAUAUUGUAAUAAAGUUUAAAAAAAUGUU